UUCUGAUGCAUCUUGUGGGUGAUAUCCUAACUGUGUGGAUGCACUAUGGCCACAAGCUCACAAAUGAAGGAAUGAAAGGAGUUGCACUGGAGUAAGGACUGUUUUCAAAACUAGCUGAAGGAUCCCUUCUGUGACUGCGGUUCUUCUUCUGUUUGUGGAAGGAACUCUCAGCCACAAGGACUUUAAUGCAAAAUGUUGGAAAACAACAUUGUGUCUGUUGUGCAUGAGUUUUGGUGUUAAAUUCUUUAAAUGCAAAAGAAUUCAUCAUGUCUUAAUUUUUAUAAGCAAUGUCUUGAGACAUGAGAUUGUUGAAGGCCUUUUUAUUUGACCUACAUGUAAUUUAAUAAUGUACAAUCCCUUAUUGUUUGUUCAAGACUCUUGAUUUUAAUUGUGUGUUCCCUUAAGUUACCAAAUGUCCACACAUUUUCUUUCUGGAACCUUGUUUUGCCACUGAGUAUGGACCCUCCCUGGUUUAGAAUGGCUCCCUACUGCAUAUUGACCUUUCAUGACGGUCCUGCAAUAGUAGUAGUAUAAUCUAUAUUAUUUAUUCUCCUGGGUGUGCCUUGGAAUGUGCGUCCAGUGCCCAGCUGAUUGGCUGGGCGGUGGAGGCACCUGAUUGGCUGAGGCGCACCCAGGAGGAUUGGUUGCUGUGGCAGCGGUGGCAGCUGGCUGCGGAGUCCAGAGGCAGCGGCAGGGCCAGCCCGGCUUCAGAGUUAUCCAGGCCUUAGGUGAACAUCUGAAAUUAAGACAACAAGUUAUUGCUACUGCUACUGUCUACUUCAAGAGAUUCUAUGCCAGAUAUUCCUUAAAAAGUAUAGAUCCAGUAUUAAUGGCUCCAACAUGUGUGUUUUUAGCAUCGAAAGUAGAGGAAUUUGGUGUGGUCUCAAAUACAAGGUUGAUAUCUGCUGCUACUUCUGUAUUGAAAACUAGGUUUUCGUAUGCCUUCCCAAAGGAAUUUCCUUAUAGGAUGAAUCAUAUACUAGAAUGUGAAUUCUAUCUCUUAGAAUUAAUGGACUGCUGUUUGAUAGUGUAUCAUCCCUACAGACCUCUUCUCCAGUAUGUGCAGGAUAUGGGCCAAGAAGACAUGCUGCUGCCCCUUGCAUGGAGGAUAGUGAAUGACACCUAUAGAACUGAUCUCUGUCUGCUGUACCCUCCUUUCAUGAUAGCUCUAGCUUGCCUACAUGUAGCUUGUGUUGUCCAACAGAAGGAUGCUAGACAGUGGUUUGCUGAGCUCUCUGUUGAUAUGGAGAAGAUUUUAGAAAUAAUCAGGGUUAUCUUGAAACUGUAUGAACAAUGGAAGAACUUUGACGAAAGGAAAGAAAUGGCUACUAUUCUUAGUAAGAUGCCUAAACCAAAACCACCUCCAAACAGUGAAGGUGACCAAGGUCCAAACGGAAGUCAAAAUUCUAGCUACAGCCAGUCUUAAGACAUUCCAAAGACAGUCAUUGUGGACCACUUUGAAUUCAGACAUGUUUGGAACUUUCUUAUGUGGACGACAUGGACAUAAGGUUUCCAAAAUGUCUUUUCAGAAAGAACUUGAAGAACGUUUCUGUCAAGCAUAUUGAAAGCUUUUCCUUAAACGCACACCGAUUUGAACUGUGGCGCAAACACAUGAUAACAAAACUUCUCAUCCUCCAAACAAGUCAAAAGACUUGGAUAAAUUCGGGGGUGGGUGGGUGUAAAAAUCACUUCAUUGUGGAGAGAGCUCAGUACUUUGGUUUUGGGAAUUGGGAAAUAGUAAAGAGUUUGGGGAAAUGUGUAAGCCUGGAGCUAGUGAGUAUGAUUCAAUCAUUAUUACCCCCAAUAUUCAUUGAACCACAGGAGGUGGCUUGAAAUGUAUGAGAAAUCCUAAUUUACCAGGUGUAUACUAUAUGAAUGACAGUGGAUAUUGUCUAAGAGGGAGAAUGCAGUUCUUCAGUAAAUGUCUGGGGAAACUGUUCUUUAGGUCUGAGGAAGAAACAUUGCGUUCCUUGACUGAACUUAAAGAAGAUGCUCUAAGCCAGUACCUAUUGGAAUUGGGAAUCAAGGAUACCUCCUCCCCCCCGCCAGUGCAAUAUGUUUAAUGCAAGCUGUAUGGAAGAACACUUCACCCUUUUAAAAUGCUAAACUUUUAAGAAUGUACAAACUAACUACUGCAAGUCAAACUUUGCAAUCUAAUCAAGUUGAAAAGUACACAGCUAAAAACAUAUUUGAGGCUGUGAUUAUGGAUAUGUUGUAUGCGAGAAGUCUUGCCUUCAUUGUAGGGAUGUGCUGAAAUGUGAUUCGGCUGUCCAAAUGGUGGCCACCUCCCUUUAAAUUCAAGGGCUUUCACAGCCCCUUUAGAGUGGAGUAGAGGAGGUUUGUACCUGCUCCUCUUCAACUUGCCGCCAUUCCGGCGCUGCCCCCAGCUAUGCCUGUGUGCCCACCUCCUAGCUGUCCCUGCAUGGUGCCAUCACAGACAGGGCCUCUAUGCAUGCACAGUGGGCAUAGCUGGGGGGAGAACCGGGAUGGUGGCAAACGGAGGAGCAAGUACAGACCUGCUCUCCUCCACUUUAAAGGGGCUGUGAAAACCCUUGAAUUUAGAGGGAGGUGCCCACAAUUCAGACAGCCGAAUCACAUUUCGGCACAUCCCUACUUCAUUGUUGCUAUGAAUUAUGUUAGAGGUUUAUAGAGAAAACACAAAAUAUUCAGAUGAGACUAGAUCUGACUCCACAAUAAAGUAUUUAUUAUAAAUUACUGUAAGAAGAAUUUAAAUAGACAGGCUCAAUGGAUAGGUUCUCUUCAAAAUAUAAACUAGAGGGCCAUAUCCUGUGAUAUUUUCUUGGGCAGACCUUCCACUGAACAUGGGAUUUGGUCCAAAGCCCUUAAAUUUUAAAUGAACAGAUGGUGCAUUGCAUAAUGAAAUAAGUGUUUGCUUCCUACCCUAAAACAAAAUUCAAACAUGUCUGGAUUUCAGUCUAAAGUCUUCUUUUCAUCCCAGAGAACAACACAUUAUACUGGUAUAAAAAAGGAGUGUUGAUUUGAAAAGCCUUGUCAUAUGGUGCUUGUUCUAAAACUUGAUUUAUAAGGGCAGCAUUAUCUGCCUCUACUUGAUCUGUCAUUUAAUUAAGUGUAACCAAAGUGUUUUUGUAUGCAAAUGCUUGGGCUCUUUGCACUUAACUAUUGAAGUUAUUUUUAUAAAGUGUGUUUGGAUACUGUCUAUUACAAAACACUUCUGUGAGGAGUGAUGUGUUCUGGCCUUCUCAUUCCCUUUAUUUGUUCAGCUUAUUUUGAUGAUGCUUCUGAUUUUGUUCCACACCCUUACUAACAUCGGCUGAAGGAAAACCUUGUCCUUAGUCUCUUGGUAGUUAAUUUUGUUCCCUCUUGAUUUGUGAUAUGGACUAGCUGGGUAGGAAUAAAAUAAAUGCAAGUUAACAACUUUGUCUAAUUUUUAUUCCAAAACUUAAUAUGGACUGUGUACGUCAAGAUAUUACACAAGUGUAUAAAAACAAAGAAUAGAAUCCCACUCCACUAAAAAUGGAAGUAGAUUGCCUCCUUGAUUUAACUGUGGUUUGUUGUGAUUAUUGGGUUGUGCAGAUAACGUAGAAGUUGGGCUGUUCUUGGAUUAUUUCUUCCUGCUUGGACAAAAGCUAUGGUUAUAGCUUCACAUAGAUGUCUAGGAUCAGACUGCAAAAAAAUUAAUAUCAACAAUGAUUUUGAUAAAUGCAAGACAAGGCAAUCUCUACAACCCAGAUAAACUUGUGAGCUCGUUCCAUAUACAGCAAGAAUUACUGGGGAAAUUAGCUAAAACUGUUGAAGGCUUUCCUGCUCAUGUCAAAUCACUUGUUUUAAAUAUACAAUGUUCAUCUGAAAUCAUGAUUAAAGAGAUACAAGAAGUUCAUUCCAGUGUA